GAAGUUCUGAGUGCGCAGGCGCGAGCGCAAGUCCUCCUCCGGCAAAAUGGCGAUGAGCUUGAUGUGCGGACGCCGGCAGCUUCUGCGCUUGUUACGGCCACAGCGUCAGUUCCAUAGCGUCGCAGGGCCCUCUCAUUGGCCGCGGAAACCGCUGACCUCAGGGCUCCUCUUUCCAACCGGCCGGUGCGGCGAGCGCCCGCACUAUGUCCUCCUCGCGGGCCCUGGUCCCCGGGGCCUCAGUACCUCCGUGAUCUUGUUCGCAGAAGCCCAGGUUCAGGCCCCUCCUGUCAUUCCUGCAACUCCCUCACCCACAGCAGUACCCGAGGUGGCUUCUGGAGAGACCGCAGAUGUAAUCCAAGCUGCUGCAGGACAGAGCUUCGCUGAACUGGGGCUGGGGUCAUACACCCCAGUGGGACUGAUUCAGAACUUACUGGAAUUUAUGCAUGUUAACCUAGGCCUACCUUGGUGGGGGGCCAUUGCUGCAUGUAAGGGAAACACAUCAUGGUCAAGCGUAGAAAUGGGAACUUCGGGGGUAGAACUUUAAAGACAGCAGUUCUGUAAGUGGAUGGAGGAAAUACAGCUGACCCUUGAAUGACCUGGGGGUUAGGGGCACUAACCCCACCCAACAUUGAAAUUCCAUGUAUAACUUGACUCCUCAAAAACUUAACUACUAAUAGCCUACUCUUAGAAGCCUUGCUGGUAAACAGUCAAUUAGUACAUGUUUUGUAUGUUACAUGUAUUCUAUAUUCUUAAAGUAAGGAAGAAAAAUACAUGUAC